AGAAUGAUCCAGAGAAGGAUUGUGAACCAAUAACAGUUGGUCAGCGUCACCCGUCGUCAUGGUAACAUCUGGAUACAAGCGAAUGAGGGACCAGGCUGCUUGCGACUGUCUUUUGGAGAUUCCUGGACAUCUGUUUCAAGUCUUUUCCGUUCUGAAAUUGAUUCAACAAGUAGUUGGUGAAUCUAGAUGGAGACUGAAAAAGCAGAAGAUCGUUCCUCUGAAAAUGAAACCAAAGACUUUAGAAAAAAUGUAUUAGAAAGAUGUAUAUGGUUGAGAAACAGAAUUUUGAAAGAAUUGGGAAUCCGAGUUGAAGACUUGAGCUCCUUUCAAUCAUUCACUCGACUUCUCCAUAAACCACGUGAUCCUUCGAACCUAGCCGUUAUUAGAAUUCUUUAUGGGUUCCUAAUGAUUAUCGAUGUCCAUCAUGAGAGAGGAUUAUCGUCUGCAGACAGCAGGUGGGGAAACCCCUCCGAGUGCAGGUUUCCCUUUUUCAAUUUCCUGAAACCGCUUCCUGUGGAAUGGAUGAUUAUGAUAUAUUUGCUCAUGCUUUUAGGAGCAAGCGGAAUCCUGCUUGGUUAUAAGUAUCGCCUGAGUUGUCUAUGCUUUCUUGUUCCGUACUGGUACAUAUUUUUCCUCGAUAAAUCUCAUUGGAACAAUCACUCCUAUUUAUUUGGAUUGAUUGGAACACAACUGAUGGUCAGCGGGGCUAAUCGUUGCUGGUCUCUAGAUGGAAAAAAGAAUCCGAAAAUUCGAAACAAGCAUGUUCCUUUGUGGAAUUAUGCUCUUUUAAGAGGACAAAUAUUCUUGGUGUACUUCAUUGCCGGUUUAAAGAAAACUAAUUUGGACUGGAUCGGAGGAUAUUCCAUGGAGAAACUUGGGUAUCAUUGGGUUUUCGAUGGAUUCAGGAUAUUUCUGACAGAUGACCAGAUAACGUACUUCGUGGUACACUUGGGAGGUUUCCUGUUAGAUUUGACGGUGGGGUUUUUCAUGCUAAUGGAAUUCAGCCGACCUUAUGCUUUCCUAUUUUGCGGUAUGUUCAACCUUAUGAACUCCAGAAUGUUCGCCAUUGGAAUGUUUCCUUACGUAAUGAUAGCGAUCAUGCCGAUAUUUUGCGCUUCUGACUGGCCUAAGAAAGUCUUGGUUAAAUUACCCAAGCUGCGCGAACUGACUUUGUAUGAUGCUGCACCCGGAAGAAGUGAGGACUGCAUUUACACGGAACAGGAAGUGGUACCGGAAAAACAGAGCGGCUCCCCUGAAAAAGAGUGUGCUGCAUCAACUAAAACUCCCUCUUUGACCAAUGUAAGAUUCCGUCAUAAGGUGACUGCCUUAUUGUUUUGUGUUUAUUUCUGUUUACAAGGCUUUCUGCCGUAUUCCCAUUCCUUCACGAAAGGAUAUAAUACGUGGACUCAAGGAUUGUAUGGAUAUUCUUGGGACAUGAUGGUCCACAAUUGGAGAUACGUGCACACAACUAUCACAGUAAUAGACAAAAAUACUGGACAGCAUUCUCAUCUAGAUCCUGAGGCCUGGACUCGCAGUCAUCGUUGGACCCAUCAUGCAGAUAUGGUUAAACAGUUUGCGCACUGCAUUCAGGAGAGAGUGGCCGAAAUGCACAAUCUAAAGAACAUCGAAUUAUACAUUGAUGUGUGGCUCAGUCUCAACCGAAGAUUCACGCAGAGGAUGUAUGAUCCAUCAGUAGACAUUCUGACAGCAGAUUGGUCUCCUUUUGAGGAAGUUACAUGGGUACUGCCACUGCAAACAGAACUCACAGAUUGGAGACAAAAUCUAGUGGAUAUGGAGGAAAGAAUUUUUAACCAAUCAGAAGACGUAGAUGUCGUAUUCGUCACAGAUUUUCCCGGUUUUCAUUUGCUAAACUAUGUAAGUGAGAACCAUGAAAACACGACUCUCGAAGUUAUGAAAGGGACUGUAGAAGUACAACUUGGAACAGGUGAAAUCAUUGAGUUAAAAGAAGGUCAAAGCAUACAAAUCCCGUCUGGAAUAUAUCAUAGAGUUUCACCACUAAAGUACAGUCCAGCUUGCUAUAUGUACAUAUACUUCAUAAACAAAACAGAUCUUAAGCUGACUGAUUCCGAGUGGCAAGGAUCUUCGAAAGCUCCUACAUGCCCUGCUUCUUAUCCGAAUUUCCAAGUUGAGCCUAGAGAUGCACUCUUGUCUUGCAAAGGAGUUUGUUGGGAAAGAAUCAAGAAGGAUUUUAAGAAAAAAUUCCAAAUAUGGACUAGAAGCAUGGAAUUAAUUGGACGUGCUCUUUAUAGUAUACUCACAAGAAGACCAAUGAGCAUUGAAACAAAUACAAGACAAGAAUAUGAAGAAGAAAUUUAAAUAAUAUCAAUGUAGAAUUGCAGAAUAUAAAAAGAAAAAAAAUGUGAAAGCACAAAAUGUACUGA